ACGCACCCAACCAGCACGUACUGGGGAGGUCACAGGGUGUGUGUGUGUUCCAGGGUGCUGCUGGGGCCUGGUUAUGUCUCUCUCCUCUCAGUGUACAGUUAGCUCUGAGCCAAACACAGUCACCCAGCUCUCUGGGUUCUCUCCUCUAAGCCAGCUGGUCUGGCUUUAUACCUUCUUUUACUCCUUCGUUCAGUUUCAUCCCUUCUUUUCUGAGAUAAAGAAUAGAGUGGUCUGACCCUCAGCUGGAGCUGGAGGGAACCUUCCAGGGGAAGAUAAUACAAGCAGCACUGGUGCUCUGUAAACCUAUGGACCUGGUGCCCUUAGAGACCACCCUGACGGAACACUCAGACACAGACUGACAGAAAGACUAAAAUAGCGGACUGAAACACAGAUGAGAGCAAGAGAUUGAGAUAAAGCCAAACGGAGAGACAGAAACGAAGACUGAAAUGCAUGCAGAACGACUGAAGCUUUGAUGGAACAGAAGGACAUGUGCAAGUGAUUGACUGGAGGAAUUGAGAGGAGAAUAGAGAGAAUACUGCUGUGAGGAUUCGGAAGAGAAGAGAAGAAGAACAGACUUUUGGGAUAGGAGAGAAAGAGAAGGAGAGACGAUGGGGAGAAAAAAGAUCCAGAUAGCACGGAUUAUGGAUGAACGCAACAGACAGGUGACAUUCACCAAGAGGAAGUUUGGCCUGAUGAAGAAGGCGUAUGAGCUGAGUGUGCUGUGCAACUGUGAGAUCGCCCUCAUCAUCUUCAACAGCACCAACAAGCUGUUCCAGUACGCCAGCACUGACAUGGACAAGGUCCUGCUCAAAUACACUGAGUACAACGACCCUCACGAGAGCAGGACUAACUCUGACAUCGUGGAAACUCUGCGUAAGAAGGGUCUUAAUGGUUGUGACAGUCCCGACAUCGAGGCAGACGACUCUGCUGGUCAGAGCCCCGAGUCAGAGGACAAAUACCGCAAGAUCAAUGAAGACAUUGACCUCAUGAUCAGCACACAGAGACUCUGUCAGGCUCUCCCCCCGCUUAACUACGACAUGGUUGGCUCCAUCCAGGGCCAAAACAACAGUGGACUACUCUACUCUCACCCCGGGGCGGGGGGAUCCUUGUGUAACCACAAUCUUCUGCCCUUUUCCCACACACACCCUGGCCUGCAGAGAGACAGCAUGUCGCCUGGACCCCAACACACACACCGACCCCCCAGUGCUGGGAACGCAGGAGGGAUGAUGGGUUCAGAGCUGUCUAACACUGUCUCCAACGCUGGUAACAGUAACUAUGGUAACCACCGUAACUCCCCGGGGCUGCUGUCUCCGGGAAGCAUGGCCAAAGGCAUUCAGGCCAAAACUCCGCCCCCGAUUAACUCCAUGACCCUGAGUUGUAACCGCAAGCCGGACCUCUGCACGCUGCUGCCCCCUGGCAACAAGAACAACAUGCCCUCCAUCAACCAGAGAAUAAACCACUCCCAGUCUGCCCAGACAUUUGCUACUCCUGUGGUCUCCAUAGCAACAUCUACUCUGCCCGGGCAGGGCAUGGGAGGGUACCCCUCUGCCCUCUCCGCCUCAUAUGGCACAGAGUACUCUCUGGGUGACCUGUCAGGGUUUGGUAACAGCUCAGGAUCUCUCCACCUGGGAUCAGUAACAGGCUGGCAGCAACAAUCGCUACAGAAUAUUCAGCACUCAGCACUAGGACACAUGGGAAACCUUUGUCAGAACUCCAACCUUAACCUCCAGAAUGUCCAUCAGAACCUCUACAUCAAGUCAGAGCCCGCCUCCCCGCCCAGAGAUCGAGGCAUCGGAUUUGAUAGCGGAGGGAUGGGGGGCGUGUCCCAUGGCUACCCAACAUAUCAGUGCCCGGCAGAGGCAGGGCAGUCUCCUGGCGACAGCCUAUCCAGCUGUGGCAGCUCAUACGACGGCAGUGAACGCGAGGAUCACCGCGGAAACGACAACUUCCUGUUAUGCCCGAUGUCCAAUCAGGAGGAGCGCCACAGCCCGUCCCUGAAACGAAUGCGCCUAUCAGAAUGCUGGGCUAGAUGAUAAGGCCACCUCUGAUUCACAGAGGGGGAGGGGCUUUUGUAGACUUACCUUUAUUGCUAUUAUGACUAUUAUUAAGCCUGUGUCCAAAAUGGCACCAUAUUCCCUAUGCCAAAAGUAGUGCACUUUAUAGGGAAUAGGGUGCGAUUUCAGAUUUGCCCUAUAUUCUUCUUGUGCAGAGUGAGAGUGUUCCACUAUAACAGGGACAUUAUAUACAGGAGUGUGGAGGGAAUAUAACAGUGACAUAGACUGGGUCUGAAAUGGCAUGCUAUUGCCCACGUAGGGAGUGAUUUGAGACAACCAGUGAUAUAUACAGGAGUGAGGGUGGAUAUGGUGUGGGGGAGUCAGUGUGGGAGGGUGGGAGGUGUGUUGCUUGUGUUGUGUGUUUGUGGGAGGGAGGGAGGGAAUCAGUAAAGGUUGAAGAAGUCUGGCACUCUGUAUGGAUAAGAUACUGGUGAGUCAGUAAUAUACUAGGAGACACAAGGACAAGCACUGUGAGUGGACACGUCAGGGUGCGUGCGUGCGAGCGUGCUACCUAGGCCCUGAUGUCUCAGCCUGCAGCUGGCUGACUAGCAGACAUAUGAGUGUUCACUACAACCCAUUCAUGUUGCCGGUUCAACAUAUUUAUGUGUAUAUAUAAAUGAAGAACAAGGGAGGAUUGGCAGACAGAGAGAGAAAGAGAAAGGGAUAGACAGAGAAAGAGGACAACGAUAGGGAGAAAGAGAAGAAGGAAAGGGUAAAACACAUUAUGCAACAGGUUACAAAAAGCUGGAACUAUAGAAUAAUAACGAUCGAUCAAGAAGUCAUUCUAAUUCUAUGGCUGGAACCCUGGACAACUACAAUGUCUCACUUGAAAUGAAGACGCCUAGGAAUCUUAAUUCAAUUGAGCCAUGUGCUAACAAAUACAAUCUGGGUCAUAUACACUACAGUGCGAGAGACAGAGAGAGAGAUGCCUGUUUCAGCGGCCAGAUAGACAAAGCCACAGGGAGGAAGGGGUGUGAGUUAAAACAGAACUCCCAAAGCCAUAUUAUUAUAAAAAGGGAAGUAAAUGCUUUGCUGCACAAACAAGUGGUUUCUCUUUAUAGUUUUUAGAAAAUCUAUAUUUCAACCUAAUUAAGGAUGUCAACAUUGUUAAAAUAUAGAUAAAACCUUGUUUUUCUCUUCUUAUUGGGGGUUAUUAUGUAGCUAUGUGCAGGUGCACAUAUUUUCUAUCGAUCUCAAACAUUCAGGAAAUGUUUAGUUAAAGAUUCUCAACCUGCCACUGAUUUUAGCCUGAUAACAGAUUAUUUAGGAAGGGUUGCUUCGACACCCAGAUUAAGCUACUCCUGGAUUAAAAAGCAUUCUCAAUGAAGAAUCUCCAUUGACAGUGUGUGUUAGUCCAGGAAUAGGACUAAUCUGGGUCUGGGAGAUGUCAUCUAAGACUGCAGAGUCAGCGUGUAUAGACGGAGCAGAAGCUGGACGGCUGCCUCUCCUCCCUACAGACAGUUUUAUAUGAUGUCAGAUAUUAUUACUAUUACAUAGGAACCCCACAUAGAAGCACAAUUUCUGACUUUGAAAGUCACCUUUGUUCUAUUUUGCCAGGUUGCAAUACAAUACAAUACUGAUUGAUGAUAUCAGUAGACUAUGAGGGCAGAGCCCCACAAUAGGUUAUAGACUAACCAACAGCCUGAUGCUAUCCUACUCACCUAACUCAUCAGAGCUACUGUUUCAUUCUAUUUUAUUUUUCUUCAUUAUCAAAAUGUUCUGUACUGUAAAAAUCUGCUAUUUACCUGUACCUCAAAUUUACCACACCCAUUAUCAUAGUUUGAAUGUGAUUCUGAGAAUGUUGUAUAAUUUGAUUACAUCAAUAUAGUUCCACUCCAUGCAAUAUCCACUUCAAUCAUAUAAUGUUCAUGUUUUGUGUCAGUAUUAUCAACAAAAUAAUGUAAGACUGUACAAUAAUGCAAUACUGUAUCAGAGUGAAGGUCCCUGGAUGGGCUCCAUGUUGGAUUGUGUUCUUUAAGUGAACUUUAUAACACUACUAACCACAUGACAGUGGGUAGUGCACUCAGAGAGUAGGGGUCAGUCUUUCUGAGGUGAAUGUUUGGAUGCUACAAGGCUCCAAGCGGCAGAAGCAGGCCUUUGUCGCCACUUGAAGACAAAAUGUUUCUCACCGGAAGGAAGGAAGCUAACGUAAAUAAACAUUUAUUUUCCCGCACAGGCAAUGAAAUGAAAUGGUAUUUGUAUUUUGCAGAAUAAUAUACAGGCUCUUUACUUUUAAA